CACCGACUUAACAAGUAUCCUAAACGGUGUCGUAUUGGGUCAAUAAAGUCUCCCCUAUUUAAUUCCUUAAAGUUGCCUUCAAUUAUCCCUCUUUCAUUAUUUCCAAUUGGUUUUCCGAUCAUUGCUGCAGAACAGUAUAUAAUCACCACAUUAAGGUUGUUGGUGAGAAACAGUCAACAUGCCAGCCACAGCAGGUAGGGUUCGCAUGCCCGCGAACAAUAGGGUUCACAGUAGUGCAGCCCUACAGACGCAUGGCAUCUGGCAAAGUGCUAUUGGUUAUGACCCAUAUGCCCCUAGCAAGGAUGAGGACAAGAAAUCAUCUACCCAGAAUACAUCGACGGCUGCAGAUUCGGAAAAUGCUUAUGCGAGCUUUCAGGGUUUGCUUGCACUUGCCCGAAUCACGGGAUCCAAUGCUGAUGAGACUCGUGGAUCAUGCAAGACAUGUGGGCGGGUAGGCCACCUCACUUUUCAGUGUAGGAAUUUCGUGACUGUAAAGGAUGAUAACAAGGAUGCGGAGGCAAUUGAAGCUGCCGUGUUGUCUGGAUUGGGGAAGAUUAAGGGGAACGGGUCUAAGAUGAAGGGGAAAGCAGAAAAUGAGGAGAGCAGUGAAGAAGAGGAGAGUGAGAGUUCUGAUUCAGAUUACGAUUCCGAAAUGGAGAGGGCAAUUGCUGAGAGGUUUGGUAAGAAGGUGAGUAGGAAGUUGAAGUCAUCAUCUAAGAAGCACAAGAAGAAAUAUUCGGAUUAUGAUGAUUCUGAUGACGAGUCAGACUCUGGAAAAAGGAAAAAGAGGGGUAGAUCAAAGAGGAGGAGGAGUGGGAAGAAGAAGGGACACAGUGAUUCGGAGGAUGAUGAUGAAGAUAAGGAUCGCAGGAAGAGGAGGAGGGAGAAGAGGAGGAAACGGGAUGACUCAUCAGAUGACGAAGAGGAUCGUCGGAGGAGGAGAAAAAGUAGGAAGGAGAAGAGGAGGAGGAGAAGUCACAGACAUGCAGACAGUUCUGAUGAAUCAAGUGAUGAAUCUCCUCCAAGGCACAAGCGUAGGAGCAGGAGAGCAGCAGCAUCUGAUUCUGAUUCCAGCAACUCUGAUGAUGCACGAGUUGGCAGGGACAAAAAACGUUCUGAGAAGAGCAGGAGGAAACGUCGUGAUGAUGAAGAAUAGUAAUGGACUCGUGAAAUGAGAUUUAUUAUCUACUAUCUGGAGUGCAGGUUUCGUUCUUUUCCAUGGAACUGCUUAUCUAGGCACUGUGUGAAUCUGUCUUAUGUCUAUUUUCAUUUUUUGCCUCAACAAAUACUCAGUCUGCUUGUAAUUUUCCCUUCAUGGUCUUGAGUAUUGUUCCAACUGAUGUUGCAGUAUUGUCAGUUAUUUUAGGAUAUUGCUAUCCCUGUUGAACUUAAAUCAUGUUAUCCUUUUGGAGGUUUGUGGAGUUACUAAUUACAAUCCGUAACUUGUGCAACUUCAUUGGGUAUUAGUUGAAGUGAUAUAUGAGCCUAUAUUUACAGCAUUGAUAA